UUUUGAAAAUGAAAAAAAAAUAAAUUUAAAAUUUAAAAAUUUUCUUCAGUGAAAAAAUAAAAAAAUAGUAUUUUAAGUUUUAUUUAUUCAGGUCUCGACUCUCGGGACCUUAUUUUUAUAAAUAUAUAUUGUUAUUAUCGUGUUAUGGACCACGAGAUUGGUGAGAUUACUCUGACGCGGUCUCGACGCUUUAAAAAGUACGUCGGCGCCGGGCGUCGGCGUCUCCCCCAAAACGAGUGCUCAAUACAAAAUAUAUAAUAGCAUUCGUCGAUUUUUAAAAUCAUAGUAGUAGUAUAAUACAUAUAUCUUUAUAUAUUUUAUAUAUCUAUAACUGUCGGCAAUAUAUAUACAUUGCAUACAUACAUUUAUAUUUAAUGUAUACAUAUACGUGCGCAUGAAAAAUUUUAUUCGCGUUGUCGCGCGCUUAGACAUUUUUAUUAUACAUUUAUCAAAACUAUAUAUCGUUAUACAUUUGUCAAUUAUUAAUCUUUAAUUUCAAAUUUUUUUUCAAUUAUAAAGAUUUAUUUUCAUAAAAUCAAUUUAGAAAAAAAAGUUUAUAUACAUUUUCAAUAAUUUAUUUUAACUAAACAAUCAGUCGAUGCUUUUUAAAAAUUCAUACGGAAUUUAAAUUUUCGGAGUCAUAUAAAUAAUUUUUGUAAUUAAAAAUAAAGUAAUUGCAGAUAAAAAAACACUAGUGAAAUUUCCCACUUUUAAGACAUUAAAAAAAAAAUCAAUACUUAAUAAUUAUCAAUUAAUUGCAGACAGCACAUGCGUAUUUCAUUCUUAUUUUAUUUUUAUUACUAUCAGUAUUUAAUAAAAUAUUUAAUGACUGAAAAAAAAUUGGGUCAUUUAAUCUUCAAAAUUAUUUUUCAUAAAAAAAAUUAACUGACUGAUGAUUAAUUUCAAUGAGAGAAAAAUGAUUUUCAUUUUUUUUAUCCUUAUUAACCAUAAAUUUAAUUUUUGAAUAAAAAAUGUAAAGAAAAAAAAAUGUCAAAAUUAAAUUACGAUAAUUUUGAAUAUUUAUUGUGUACUGUAAUUGAAAAUCCUUUGGUACAAUGGUCAAAAUUUAUUUCAUUAGGCGGGAAAAUAAAGAGAGUAAAAGACAAUUUACUAAAAAAUGAUCGAGUUAUUGAAGUAAUUGAGAAAAGCGAGCGUAGUAACAGUAAAGAUUACAUACCGACAUUGCUAAACUGCCCAGCAGAUCCCGAAGCUUCGCUAGAUAUAAAGCUUCCGGUUCUCGUGCUGGUCUUGAAAAAUCUUAAGCUCGAAGGGAAAAUCGAAUUCCAGGUCUCGUCACUCAACCCGACGCCUUUACCCCGUAUUAUCGAUGAGUGCGAUUGCCGACGUCGUUUCGUCUUAGUGGCUAACACAACACGUGAAAAAAUACAAAAAAUAACGGUGACAACAGCAUUUAUACCUUUGGUACUUGCAGAUAAUUGGAACAAAGUUGAAAUAAAUUUAAUUACUUUGUGCAAAGACAUCUAUUCUACCGAUUAUAAGUCAUUUCAACGCAUAGUAUUGCAUCCUAAUUUCCGUUUUCGUCGUAUUUAUUUACAUGAUCAUCAUUAUCAGAACAACAAUGAUGUUAUCAGUGAACUUUAUCAGGCGCUUACUGAUUUAAAUUCAUUAAAAAAUAAAAAAAAAUCAAUUAAAGAUAAAUCUUGUCAAACGCAAUCAAUUAUUAUCAAUUCGAAGCCAAAAAUUAAACUUAAAAAACUUAAAAAAUAA